AUGCCAUCGGAAUGCACCGAAUACUGCAGUGUCGCAGCUGGUUGUGUGUGCAUCACACGUCCUACCAACUGCGUUGCGACUUAUCUCGUGCACGCUGGUGAGACGUGUGGAACGGUCGUGGAGCGUUUCUCCAACUUCACUGCAACGGACUUGUAUAAGUGGAAUCCGGAGAUUGGAAGGUCGUGUUUCGGCCUUCGUGCUUAUGUACCAGUAUGCAUCGGCGUCCCGAACUAUGAGUAUCCUGGUCCUGUCAAGGGAGGGGACAUCUGGACAGCGGAGCAAACGCCAGUACCGAUCCAACCGUCAAUUGUCGCAAAUUGCACCAAAUAUGAGUACACAGAUAGCACAGGUAACCCGACACUCCAGACAAUCCUCACGACGAAUAAGAUCACCAAGCAGCAAUGGAACACCUGGAAUGGUCACGCUGAUGAACCGAAUGAGGAUUGGGCUUCCUGGGCGCAGUACUUCUCGUGCAUUGCAGCAUAG